GUGCCCGUCGCCGAGCGCGUCCGCUGACCUUCAGGAGCAGUGUGCGAGCGCGAGCAUGGCGCCGGGCAGGAAGUUCUUCGUCGGGGGCAACUGGAAGAUGAACGGCCGCAAGAAGACGCUGGGCGAGCUGAUCGCCACGCUGAACGCGGCCGCGCUGCCCGCCGACACCGAGGUGGUUUGUGCGGCCCCCACUGCCUACAUCGACUAUGCCAGGCAGAAGCUGGAUUGCAAGAUAGCCGUAGCCGCUCAGAACUGCUACAAAGUACCCAACGGCGCCUUCACGGGGGAGAUCAGCCCUGGCAUGAUCAAAGAUUGUGGAGCCACGUGGGUGGUCCUGGGCCACUCAGAGAGAAGACACGUCUUCGGGGAAUCAGACGAGCUGAUUGGGCAGAAAGUAGCCCACGCCCUGUCCGAAGGCCUGGGCGUCAUCGCCUGCAUCGGGGAGAAGCUGGAUGAACGGGAAGCGGGCAUCACCGAGAAGGUCGUUUUUGAACAAACCAAGGUCAUCGCAGAUAACGUGAAGGAUUGGAGCAAGGUUGUCCUGGCCUACGAGCCUGUGUGGGCGAUUGGUACGGGCAAGACAGCCACCCCUCAACAGGCCCAAGAAGUGCAUGAGAAACUCCGGGGAUGGCUCAAGUCCAACGUCUCCGAGGACGUGGCCAAGAACACGCGCAUCAUUUAUGGAGGUUCGGUCACUGGAGCCACGUGCAAGGAGCUGGCCAGCCAGCCCGACGUGGACGGCUUCCUGGUGGGCGGCGCCUCCCUCAAGCCCGAGUUCGUGGACAUCAUCAAGGCCAAACAAUAGACGCCCACCGCACCAUCUCCCGCCCUGGAGCGAGGCCGGGGUCACGACCCCCCAGUCGUGGCCCCCACCCUUCCCCGUGCUUCUGAUGACAUCAUCUGCCCCC